ACUGUACUGCGAUAUUUGUGUGGAACUUUGUAGUUGCUGUGCGAGGUAUACUGUAUCAUUUACAUACGGAGAACACUUGCGCCAUGUCCAAUGCCAACGCGUUCUCGCUGCUGACUGGGGCAGAGGCCCAGCUGAAUAAGAAGAAGAAGAACAAGAAGCCCGCCCAGGCGAAUGGAGCGGCCCCUGCUGCGCCCGCUUCUUCCCAGCCCGCUGCAGCGCCCGCGCCCGUCGCGGCCCCGACGCCGUCCCUCCCGCCGAGUGACCUGGUCGUAGGCGUGAACGAGGCCUGCGCUAUAUUCGAGCGGGCAGCUCGUGAGGCUAAGUCUUCUUCAGACAAGGUUAAGCUCUGGAAGGAGUGGACGCGCCUGGCGAACGAUAAGGCUUCCAAGCUCAAGUAUGCGGAUGCUGACGGCGUCAGCCUGGACUUCAAGCAGGUUAUCCUGCGCUGCAAGGCGCUUGAGAUAUGCGCGGCGGGCUGCAUCGGCUCGCCGCUGUCCGCGGACAAGGAGGGCGUGCUGGCGCAGAUGCUGGCGUCCUUCCUGCCCAACGACAACGGCGCCUGCAACGGGCUGGCCAACCUGCUGGUGCGCCUGUCCACCACGCUGGCCGACGACGCCCCGGACACGCACGGCGCCGCACAGCGCACCGUCACCAACGUGGUGCAGGCGCUGAAGGCCGCCGCCAACCAGGACCCCGCGGAGCUGGAGGCCGCCAACCCGGUGGCCAGCUGGCUCAGCCGGGUCAACACGCUGGACAAGGAGAUUGGCCGUCAGCAGGCGCUGCUGCAGAAGCUGGGCGCGGCCAACAAGGGUGUCGUCACCCGCGAGACCGCCAACGUGGCGCGGCACCUGGUGAAGCUGCAGGAGGAGAAGUUUGACAUGCUGCAGCCCGAGGCCAUCCCCGCGGCCCGCGCGCCCAGCGGCGUGCUGGGCGCCUGCCUGCGCUCCGUGGACGAGCUCAAGGCCGUCAUCGCAGGCCACCUCAAGGAGGCGGAGUCCAAGUCGUCGGGCGCGCCUGCGCUGGACCCGGCUUCCCGCGCGGCGCAGGCGGCCGGCUACAAGCGCGAGGAGGAGAUCCUCACGGCGCAGGCGGCUCAGGUGUCGAGCCAGAUCCGCACCCUGGAGGCGCAGCUGCAGUCGCUGCGCGCCCAGGCGGCGGAGAUCGACGAGAAGCGCCAGGCGCUGGGUGCGCGCCAGCGCUCCACGUGGGAGAGCGGCAGCGGCGCGGGCAAGAAGGCGGCCCCAGCUGCUGCCUCGCUGACGCCGGCGCACUACCGCGAGGCGCUGCACCUGGCGGAGGGCCUGGCGGGCCUGGCCGACCCGCGCCGCUCCGCCUCGGCCAGCCCUGAGCAGGUGCUGGCGGUGCAGACGUCGCAGGUGAACAGCCCGGUGGACUACGUGGCAGCGGCGGAGGCGAUGCUGGGCGUGGCGCUGUCGGCGCUGGGCGAGGUGCCGGCCAAGCUGGCGUUCUGCCGGCAGCGCAUGUCGCAGGCGUCCAAGCUGGCGCAGCUGGGCGCGGUGGCGGGCAAGAUCCUGGAGGACAGCAAGCGCCAGUCGGAGGAGGCGGAGAAGCUGAUGGCGGACACGCUGCGGCUGGCGGAGGAGCUGGUCAGCACCGCCACCACGGUGCGCGCCGACUCGCACAAGCGCUACGACGCCAUGGCGCGUUUCAACCCCGAGAAGGCCUCGGUGGUGGCGGCGCACAUUCGCAACAUCGACGCCCUGAGCGCGCAGGUGCAGCAGCAGUACGCGGUGGUUCAGGCCUCCGCCAACGGCACCGCGCCGCCGCCCGCCGCGCCCGUGCCCGCCGUGGUGCCGGUUGUCUCCUCCGUGCCCGCCGCCGCGGCCUACGCGCCGGCGGCCCCCGCCUCCGGCGCUCGUGCGCCAGCGGCCAAUGGCGGCGCUGCCGCUACGCCCGCGCCGGCUGCUGCUGCGCCGGCUCCCCGCCCCGCCGCGCCCGCGCGGACGUGGGGCAAGAUGGAGGUGGUGACGCCGGUGUCGCUGGGCGACUCGUCGCUGCCCACGCCAGCGGAGGCGUUCAAGGGCGGCCCCUCCACGUCAGCCGCCGCUACUGACGCCGACGGCUUCAAGGCUGCCGCCGCCAAGAAGAACAACCGCCGCAAGGCCUAAGCCUGCCAGCCACACGGCGGGCGGGUGGCGGCGGGCGGCUGCAGCUGUGUGGAACGCAGCCAAGGAGCGGCACCGGGUGUGCUGCACGCCAACCAGACAGCGGCCGUCAUGACUUUGUGACGGGACCGGUCGCUCCACAGGACUGGGGGCGACUGCUGCUGGCCUGGCCGGCUGAUUGCUUGGGGCAAGGCAUGCGACAGCGCGGACCAGGUGAACCAGUAUGGCCGCCGCGAGAGCAUGGGCCUCAAAAGCUGUGCGGGACGAGGGAGGGCGCGGGGCCUCUGUUGGCCUGCGACUUGCAUUGGGAGCGCGCCUAAAGGCGCUGCGAGAUGCUCCCCACGGGAAAGUAGAUGAUAGGGAUGUGACGCGGACACGGCUGUCACAAGCGGCUGGAUAGUACACUAGGUGUUAGGCUCUUCGGGACGGUGCUUGUCGUGUCUGUGUACACUGAAUAUGUUGCGGUGUCGGUGUUGGUGCCAUCUCGGGUCCUCUAAUGGUGUGACGCAGCGAGCGAGGCAGCGAGCGGAGACUGACGGCUGGGACUGAACAGGCGCGCGCCCAUUGAGAGGCGUGGCGCUCUGGCUGGUGAUGGCGGUACGCGGUUGCCUGCAGUGUGCACAAACCGUACCAGACGGAGGCAACCAGGGAGGCAACCCUCCUGGACAAAAUUGACUUGUUACAGUUUGUGAUCGGUGGAUGAUGCCUCACAGCCUCGGUGUCGUGCAUCCUGGCCUACAUGUGAGACGACAAGGAGGCCCGGUCCGAUGGGACUCAUCCCUACUCAUCCGCGUGGCGCACAGCAAAGGAAGGCCGGGCCCCAGCCCGCCUGUAACCCGCCGUACAG